AAGACCAUAUAUCUGCCAGCGGGGAAUCACCACAGUUCUCACGAUGACGACCCUCAGCAUCAGUGCUCGGCACUCUCUGCCCAAGGUCUCGUACGCCACUGCCAUGGAUUGGUUCAUUGCUGUGUGUUUCGCUUUCGUUUUCUCUGCUCUCAUCGAGUUUGCGGCUGUGAACUACAUCACCAAUGUUCAGGCAGAGAGAGCCAAGAGAAAACAGGCCAAAGCCGCCACCGCAGCCAAGAGCUCCACGCCGUCAGGCAAAGCCAAAGACACAGAGGAGGUUCUACAGCAAAACUCAGACACUAAUGGCAACCUGCGGAAACGUGGCAAUUCCAAUGUUCAGUCUCAACCAGACUCCAAGAAAACCCAAAGAACCGAAACGUCUGGCAAGAGCGGAGCAUCCACAUCCAAACCAACCUUGACCAGCCAAUCAUCUUCCACCUCAGAGGGUACCACCAGUUUCUCCAGCCAAUCACGUCUCAGCCCCAGUUCUGCCAGCCAAUCAAAUGCAGCCACUUCAUCCUCUGCGUCCAAGAAAACACCGCCGGCCCCGCCCUCUACGCCAACAGUUCCCGAGAAACCAUCGCCCAGUGCAACCGCAGGCUCCGCCCCUCUUCACCAUCUCCUCGGGCCUAAAUUAGAGAAUAUUAAAAAGAAGGAAACCAAGGCUGCACCUCAACCUGCCACUCCUCCAACAGGAGGAGCCAGCAAGAUCGACGAAUACGCACGUAUUUUAUUCCCAGUGUCCUUUGGGGCAUUCAACAUGGUGUACUGGGUGGUUUAUUUGUCCAGAGACACCAUGGAGGCAAAGGUAGGCUAACAAGAACAGGCUUGGAUGUUUGUACCUUUUUUUCUACAACUUAGAUGAAAUAAAGAGCACUCUUAAGGAUUACAUCAACAAGCAAUUCCAAGAAACUAAAUUAUAUUACAGCAGACAAAACUGCACAAGCGCACAGAAGAGUGCACUUCUUUUUUUUUUUUUUUGGUAAUCAAAAGGGCCAUACGCAAGAUUAAGCAUGUGGAUAUAUUAUAAUAAGUAAAAAAUAAUUAAAUUAAAAAACAAUCCAAGAAAUCUCACAGGAAUGAAAUAUAGACGUAUCUGUCGUCUGUUUGAAUAGCCAUAUUUCCAGUCUGUCCUUUUUAUCACCGGACACACUGAAGAAGGAAAAAUGCCACUGAAUAGAAAAGCCAAUACCAGGGUCGUUUAGU